AUGCCCCUCUUCCAUCAAAAACGGCGGACCAUGUCGGGCCAACAUCCACCGCGUACCCCGAGCACGCCACACACACCUGGUACCCCGCCCAUUGAGGUGACAGUCGAGUCGCUUGCACUGCACAAGCUGCGCACGCUGCUGCAUCGCGGAUCGAGGCUCAGCCUCAGAAUCGAGAGCCAGCCGCAGAGCCGCCAGAGUCGGCAACCUACACCUGAAACACCUGAACCAAAGGCCCAUGCCGAGCCACCUUCCCCCGCACACAAGGCGGAUAGUGGGAGCGCUAGUAUUACCCCGCUGAAUGGGAGCGUAUCACUCUCCGAGAAUCCUACCGAAGCCAUGAAACUUCUUUCCCAGGACGUCGUCGCUCCCAUCGUCACCCCAGCGCCCGCACCACCAACCGCACCAGCACCUGUACCCGUCACCUCGGCCCCGGCCGCUCUCAACCUCGCCGCUAAUCUCCACGCGGCCGCCACCCCCCCAACUGCCGCACCCGUCCCUCCCACCUUACCAGUGUCAACGUCACCCCGCCCACCAUUGACCGUGGAUACUGGCGCCUCACCGGAGGCAUCGGCAUUCCAUACACCCCAUACUUCGGUCCCUCCCUCCCCAGAAACACACUUUGCAACGACCUUGGAGAACUCGGCCAUCACGGAAACCCGCGACGCCCGCCUCGGCAGCGAUCCCUUUGCCAUCGCUCGCAGGCGGGGAUCAGCAGUCUCGGCAAUCUCGGCAUGCAGUGUAGGCUCGCCGCACCGCAUGCCACCCGUCCUGCACGCUCCGCCGAUGCCGAUGCCCAUCGCGCACCUGCCAUCGCUCAACACCGGCAGCAUGUCCCCUGGCUGGGGCACGCUUGCACUCCAAUCCCCCGCUCUCUCUAGAACCAACUCGCGGGCGUCGGGCAGCUUCCCGUUCCCCACGCCCGUGGCCCAGUCUCGCAACAACAGCAAGGACCUCACGGACGCUGAGGUGCGCCGCGCGACAAAAUCAAUGCCUGUCAUUCUUCGUGUCCCAAGUCGCCAGCCACAAGAACCAGAAGAGGAAGAAGACGACGAAGACGACGAGGGCGAGUCGGCAGAUGGACAUGUCGGCGCGACUCCCAGGGCCCACCCCGCGUCCCCGCCCCAUUCAGCCUACAUUCACAAGGGCCUUGGGCAUCUCGCCAUGGACCCCGUAACUGAGGAGUCGCGUUCGGGAACGCCACAGCCUGGCUCGAGGACAGCCUCGUCGGUCGGCUUAGCUGCAUUGCAACGCGAGCAGAGUUCACCCUCAGUCUCAGACGACACGCCCAGCUCUCUCGGCGUGGCGUCAGUGCCCUGGCCUAGUGCCAAUGCUCCCGAGGCCGACGAGGUUGGAGACGACUCGAGUGUGGAAGAGAGCUUUGACUCGGUGUCGAUCGACGACAAUGCGUCGGGGUCACUUGCGCAGACGUCGAUUGCCACGCCGUCCCCCACAACUCCGUCGCCAGGAUCAAGGCGGCCGUCGCUGUACUCGCAGCUCUCACAGUCGAUGAUGAACCUGUCCACCCCGCGGACUCAGCUCACAGCGGCUCCGGCGGUCGAUUCGCCCGAUGAGCUAGAGACCGUCCACGAGGUACAGGCAACCGCGCCUGAUCUCGAUCACGACUAUGUGCGCCCACCACCGCUGAAGCGCCGCUUGUCUGCUGGUGACGCGGACCCAGCCCCUCCCAUGUACGAGUCGGUGCACCUGAACCACAACGCGCCAGUCGUCGACCCCCGCGAGGAGGAGGGCCAUGAACGCCUCCCGCCCUACUGGUGCGGCGUACACAUUGAAGGCACGCUGUCGCGCAAGAUGGAGUUUAUCCAGCCAGGUGUCCAGGCGCGCGACCGCGCUUGGAAGAAGCACUAUUUUGUGCUGCACGGCACCGCGCUGUUCGUGUACAAGUUUGACCCAACGAAGGUACCGUUACGAAUGGGUGAGCCAUACCUCACAGCGGACGAGAACGAGUCGUACUGUUAUCUUCACGUACACCUCGCUCCCGAUCACCACCGCGCGUCGCUACCUUCCCAAAACCCCGUGCAGGCGAUCAAGCAAGCCCGUCGGGCGACCGUGGGACAGGAAGCCGCCCCGAGAAUCAACGCGUUCGCGACGGCGCUGUCGAACGCGCGCAGGGGCACAGUUGGGAGCAGAACUCCGACACGUUACGACCAGGGCCCGGAGAGCAAGGACCGGACGCUUUUCGAGCCGCCUCGACGCCAGAGUGGCGGGGCAGACUCGGUAGCGAGUUCGACGGCCUCAGCCCCCAUCGCGAGCCACAUGCCCUUUGCUCACAACGUGCUCGUGCACGUGUACAGCAUGCAGGGUGCGGAAUCGGGCCUGGCUGCGGACUACAAGAAACGUCUGCACUGCGUCCGCCUCCGUGUCCAAGGACAGCAGUUCAUGCUCCAGACGGACACGGCGCGGCAAUGCGUCCAGUGGAUCGAGGCGUUCCAGGCCGCCGCCAACGUCGCGCUGGACCUCGACACCCGCCCCAUGCCCAUACAACAGACGCUUCCCCGCCGGCGGAGGCGCAGGCGCCCACAGCCAGAGGUGGACCCCAACGCCGUGCCGACGAGCGAUAACGCCAACGCGGCGUUUGCAGACUCACCGGAAGGUAACCUCGCGGCGGUGGUUGCGGCCGAGCACGCCGAGCACGAGCGCGAUCGCAUGGUGGCCGAGGACCAGGCGGCUGCGGGCGGCAGGUCUGCCGUUUAG